UUUACUCUAUGAUUCUUUUCAUUCUCUGAUUCCCAAUAUUAAUGCUGAUGGCGUAUGAAGCUUACGUGAAAGUCUUGAGUUUGUGUUAGAGUGUGCUUAUUGUUAUUUUAUAAAUGCAUUUCCGCAUCGUAAAGUAAUUCUAGUUGUUUGUUAGAUAGGUUGGAGGAAAUAUGACUCAAUUUUUACCACCUAAUCUUCUAGCUCUCUUUGCUCCCAGAGACCCUAUACCCUAUCUUCCACCAGUAGCCAAAUUACCUCAUGAAAACAAGGGCUAUAUUGGAAUAGGAAAUUUCUUGCAAUUAUUUGAGGAUCCAAAAGAUACUCCCCCUCCAACACGGGUGGAAACUCGAGAUGAGCGCUUGGAGAGACGGCGGCGGGAGAGAGCUGAGCAGGUGGCAUACAAGCUUGAACAGGAGAUAGCAUUGUGGGAUCCUCAUAAUAUACCGACAUCUACUCUUGACCCGUUCAAAACUCUGUUUGUAGCGAGAAUUAACUAUGACACUUCAGAAUCGAAACUACGCAGAGAAUUUGAAAUGUACGGUCCUAUCAAGAAGAUAGUGAUGAUCCACAAUACAGUGAAUGGGAAGCCCAGAGGCUAUGCCUUUGUUGAGUAUGAACACGAACGUGACAUGCACUCUGCUUACAAACAUGCCGAUGGGAAAAAUGACGGGCGGAGAGUCCUGGUUGAUGUGGAGAGAGGUCGCACUGUGAAGGGGUGGAUGCCACGGCGAUUAGGUGGAGGACUGGGAGGUACCAGACGAGGAGGUCCUGAUGUGAACUUGAAGCACUCUGGGCGAGAGGAUAACGAACGUGAGAGAGAACGUUAUCGCCUGGAGAGGGAGAGAGAGGCAGCUGGGGACCGAGGAGGCCGUGACAGAGAUCGUGAUAGGGACCGGGAGAGAGAGAGAGAAAGGGAGCCACGAAGACGGUCAAGAAGUAGAGACAGAGAAAAGAAAAGGAGAUCACGCAGCCGCUCCCGGGAGAGAAAACGUAGACGCAGCAGGGAACGUAUUAAAGAUCCAGAGAUUGAAGAAAUUGAUGAGAUUGUUGAGAAAAGACCAAGAGAUCGUGAUCGAGACAGAGAUAGGGAUAGAGAACGUAAAAGAAGGCGAAGUCACUCCAGAGAUAGAGACCGUAAAAGAGAACGUAGAGAAAGAGAAAGGGAGAAACGAGAAAGGGAUCCUGACUAUGAAGAAAAAGUCCGAAUCAAACAAGAACCUAUGGAUGCUGCUUACAAACAUGCCGAUGGGAAAAAGAUUGACGGGCGGAGAGUCCUGGUUGAUGUGGAGAGAGGUCGCACCGUGAAGGGGUGGAUGCCACGGCGAUUAGGUGGAGGACUGGGAGGUACCAGACGAGGAGGUCCUGAUGUGAACUUGAAGCACUCGGGGCGAGAGGAUAACGAACGUGAGAGAGAACGUUAUCGCCUGGAGAGGGAGAGAGAGGCAGCUGGGGACCGAGGAGGCCGUGACAGAGAUCGUGAUAGGGACCGGGAGAGAGAGAGAGAAAGGGAGCCACGAAGACGGUCAAGAAGUAGAGACAGAGAACGAGAAAAGAAAAGGAGAUCACGCAGUCGCUCCCGGGAAAGAAAACGUAGACGCAGCAGGGAACGUAUUAAAGAUCCUGAGAUUGAAGAAAUUGAUGAGAUUGUUGAGAAAAGACCAAGAGAUCGUGAUCGAGACAGAGAUAGGGAUAGAGAACGUAAAAGAAGGCGAAGUCACUCCAGAGAUAGAGACCGUAAAAGAGAACGUAGAGAAAGAGAAAGGGAGAAACGAGAAAGAGAUCCUGACUAUGAAGAAAAAGUCCGAAUCAAACAAGAACCUAUGGAUGAUUAUCCUGACUUUGGUAACAAUUACGAUGAGCAUGAUUUUGAAGAAGGGACUGUCAAAUUCGAGAAGAGUGAAGAAGAUCGUGAACGCCAACACAUGGAGAGAUUGCAGCAGAAUGACAUUCCACCUAGCAAUGAGAUGGAACGAGAAUCUAAUGGAAGAAAUAAUUACGAAUAUGAAGUUCAAGAUUAUUAAAAGAAUUCUAUUUUAUGAAGGCAACAAUAUUUGUAUUUGGUUGUUUUUACCUACUAAUUGUACGCUAUUUGGAAUGAUUUAUCUCAAGACUAUUCAUAGGAGUAAGGUAGAUGUAAAACUUUCUUUUACAUAAUAAACGUUUACUUGUGA